AUGGAUUUUCUUUUAAAAUUAGCUCAUCCAGAGCUAUUGUAUGCUAAUUUAACAGGAGUAUUCAAUUUCAUAUUACCAAGUAUAUUUCAUAUCAUUCUUUCAUUCAUAUUAUUGGGUAUUUGUGCCUCGGACUUUUUAUGCUCUAAUGUUGCCACUAUUACAGAUUCUCGUAACCAGAGUACAACAGGAACCUUGAUGAGUAUUCUAUUAUCAUGGUGUAAUUCAUCUCCUGAUUUAUUCUCUACUUUUAUCAGUUGGACUUCUUCAUCACCCAAACUCAUUGCUGAAAAUGAUCUUGAAAAUUCAAACGCAAUAUUGCUGUCGAUAGGUGAAGUCAUUGGAGCGUGUGGUAUUAUAUUGUGUGUCGUUAUAGGUUCCAUAUUUAUUAUCAUCUCUAAUGUUCAUUUGGAUAUUUCUGAUUCACAAAGGUUUACUAUAUUGAUUGAUUUAGUUAUAUCCUACUUUGCGAUAUAUUCUCUUUUCACAAUUUGUUAUAGAAACAAAAUCAAUUUUUUGGAUUGUAUUGUGAUGUUGACAUUAUAUUUGAUUUAUUUGUUUACAAAAUUGAAAUUGAAACAUACUAAAGAUAAUUCUUCAUCAAAUAGAAACAACGUUGAUCAAGAACAAGGCAAUAUACCGAAUGCCAAUUCAUACGAAGUCACUGAUGAUGAGGGGAAUUUCCCAAGUUAUGUGAAGCCAAAUAUUAUCACAGCAAUGGAUUUUAAUAAUUUGUUGUCAAUUCUGGAAAAUAGCACAACAAGUUCCAUUGGAGGAAGUUCAUUCUUAGGGGGUACAGAACUAAUUACUUUAGAGGAAAGACCUAGUGCAACAUCUUCAGUUAACAUGUUGUUAGAUACUCCUUCUUCAAGACCAGCCUCAGCACCAACUAUUCAUGAAAUUUCAAACAAAUAUUCAGAUAAUCUUCCAACUAUCUAUAAUCCACCCAAUACUUCUCCAGGUAGUUUUGCCCCAUAUUACGACACCCCAAAGAGCAAUACCCCCAAUAAGAAUAUUAUCACUACAGACACUAUCGUUACCACAACUCUUCCCAAAAGGAAAACAAGACUGAGGAAAUUUAAAAAAUCUUUUAACCGAAAAUUAUUACCACAUUUAGCAAAUUUCAACAAUAAAUCUAAAAUUGAUAAAUUUUUAUCAAUUAUUACAAUACCAUUUGUGAUUAUUCUUCGUUUAUCAGCUCCGCAAUUUGAUUCAAUUAUUGACUAUAAUACUGAAUCGAAAAAAUUUAAUUAUUAUUCUAAUGAUUUAAUAUUUCUUUUAAUUCAAUCAAUAAUAUGUCCGAUUUUCACUCAAGUAUUACUUUUCUCAUUAAUUGCUAAAAAAUUAUCUUUAAUUUUUUGGAUAAUAAAUUUUAUCAUCAUUUCAAUCCUAUUAAUUUUAACAUUAAACUUUAUUAGAAAAUUAAUCAAAUUCAAUAAAUUUUCAUUGACUUUAAGUGACAAUAACGCUUUCAUGAUACAGGAAAGAGAAACAGAUUAUAGAAAUUUAGAGACGUUGCAUAGAUUAAUUACAGUUAUUUUUUUAGCAAUUGGUAUAAUAAAUAGUAUCUUAUGGAUAGCUAUUUUUGCAAAUUCAUUGAUUGAAAUUUUAGAAAAAUAUCAAGAGAUAACAGGAAUUUCAAAAGCAAUUUUAGGUUUAACGAUUUUUGCAUGGGGUAAUUCUAUCAGUGAUUUAUUAUCAAAUAUUGCCAUGUGUAAAUUAUACAAGAAGUUACCAGAACAUGAUCAAGAAAGCAUUUCUAAGAUGGCCACGAAAUUCUUUAUAAUCUCUUGUGGGUCAUGUCUUGGUGGUGUUUUAUUAAAUUCAAUGGGUGGUAUUGGGUUCAGUGCUUUGAUAUCUAUAUUGUUUGUUAAAAAAUACAACGAUGGCAAUUGGUGGUUUUUAAGAUCAAUAGAAUUGGUUCAAGCAAGAACAGAAGCAGUAGAUUCAGAAAUUGACUCACAAGCAUCCGGUCCCUUGAUGGACAAAAAAUUUUUAGUUUCAUGCAUCUUUAUUACACUUCAAAUUAUAUAUUUAGGUGUAUUUUUUGGUUCCCCAAAAUCAAUUAGAAAGAAAUUUGUAUCAAACAUGAAAUUCAUUGGUAUUUCAAUGUGUUCUAUUUGGGGUAUUGCAACAUUAAUUAAUGUGAUUUUAGAAGUAUAUUCAUAA